AAGAAGAGUGUUUUUACUUGUGUUAAUUUUACAGGAAUAAUCUUGAUGCUUAUAUUUCUGUGCAAUUGUGUUUUUCUGUUUUUGCUUUUUUAAUGUUUAACUACAAAAAUAGGUUUAUUCAGUAAAUAUCGUAAGAAGGAGGAAAGGAUGACGGAGAAAAAGUUUAACUCUAAAAUGCCCUCCGCUUCAGCAUCUGCUGUUAAUAAUAGUAACAAUAAUAGCAAUGCGGCUGCUGCUAAGGCCGAACGGGAGGAACGCCUCAAAUCUGCGUUAAAAGCAUUUGUUCUUAAGGAGCGCCAACGUAAAAAAGAAGAGGUGGAUGCGAAAGAGGAAGAGGAGCGUUUGCGUAAAGAACGGGAAGACCGCGAUCAUCAGAAUGAUGUCUCGUUAGAAGACACACGCGGCAAAAUUGCCAAACUUGACCAACAAAUUAAAGAUUUGCACAAUCAGAAACAACAGUUAUUUUUGCAAUUGAAGAAAGUGUUAAACGAAGAUGAAAAUCGUAAAAAACAACAAAAAGACAAUGAAAUGUUCGCAAUGCAAGCACUGCAAGCACAGCAAGUGAAUGUUGCACCUCCGCCACCGCAGGUCUUCAUACCACCCGUUAGAAUGCAACAUCACCAAUUACCUAUUAUACCGAAAUCUGUUACAAAUCAGCCAGUUAAACGCACUCGGAGUCCGUCCCCUCCAACACAUCAGAGCUAUUAUAAAAACACGAACUAUGCUCAGCCGAAGCACGAUGAAAGCCGCCGUGGCGCUGAGUAUUCCCGAGUGGCGUGGAACAAACCGCCGACUCAGUAUCCAGGACCGGGUGCACUCUUUUAUCCUGCUACAGGUAAUGCACCACAACCACAACCGGAUGGGCGUGGCCCAGCCAUAAUUUAUCCGUAUGGUCUGCCAUUACGACAGGGUUUCCACUUGGAUUUGCAGCCAACAUCUUCCGUGCCUGUUUCGAAAUCCGAUCAGGGAUCAUCGAAACCCACACAAGUGUAUCAUAUUAGUUUGGAUGCGCCACCCAUCUCACAAUCAGGUCCUGUGUCAUCUGUGCCACCAGGUGUGCAAACGCAAAAGCCACAAGUUACAAUGGAGAAAAUCAGUGAUCGUUAUCAUCCUGACGUGAAACACGAUGGACCGUCGGGGCAUGGACCGCCUCAUCAAUUACCAGAGGGUGUAGUGUAUACACCAAUCAUGCCUGGCAUGUCGCUGCAUCCCAACAUUAUGCAAAUUAGCAGCAAUCCGGGACAGAAUCCAAAAUCAGCGCCGAGCAUAACCCAAGGCUAUGCAACUGGUCGAAAUGCUGCCGCGGCACACGAGCAUUUGGCGCGACAACCGCAGAUAAUGCAAGGGCAACCAGGUCAACCACCACAACAACAAAUGAAUUACUCGCGGCGUAUAUUCUAAAUGAGAAAUGGUACACUAGACUUAAAUGCAUCUAGUGUAGGGAUUUUUACAUUAUCACAUAUAUUAAGAUCUAAACUAAAUAAAAAUGUGUAGAAGAAACAUUAAAACAAUAUGUGCGUGUUAUAGGAAUCCUAUUUAUUUCUUGAAAAUUGUGUUAUAUUUUAAAUUUCUGUCGUUGUUGUCUCACUGAACGCAAAAAAUUGUAUAUUACCUUAUUGUAAGCCAAAAAAGGCGCCUUUUAUAAAUUAUUUUUAUUUUGAAA